AUGACUACCAAGACCCCCGUGCUCACCGACAAGGCCCCCAAACCUCUACCGGGUAUUUACUCGCAGGCUAUCGUUGCUAAUGGUGUCGUGUACUGUUCCGGUGCCGUUCCAAUGGAUCCUAUCACCGGGAAAAUUGUUGAUGGCGAUGUCAAGGCCCACACGCACCAAUGCAUCAAGAACUUGAGCCAUAUUCUUGAGGAAGCCGGCACCGAUAUCAACAAAGUCGUCAAGGUCAACGUCUUCCUAUCCAACAUGGACGAUUUCGCCGAGAUGAACUCAGUUUAUAUGCAGUACUGGGGUGAUGUAAAGCCAUGUCGGACGUGUGUUGCGGUCAAGACGUUGCCGCUGAACACUGACGUGGAAAUUGAGUGCAUCGCCGUGCUAUAG